AUGUCUCGUCCGGCACAUUCUACCUUGUUACUCGAUGGUAUUGAAAAAUUCUUUUGUGCCGAUGGCGGUUGGACAACAAUUGCACACGCGGUUCAUAUGACGGGUGAUUAUUCAAUGAUAGCUGCCAAUGCACCGUACGCUAUUCAAUGCCUUUUGAAACGACAUCCUCGUAUGCGUUCACGCCUUCGUGUGGAGAAGAAUCAAUAUAUGUUGGAUAUUUUCGACUAUGAUAAAGAAUAUUAUUCCGAUGAAUUAUUUUUUUCAACUGUUAGACAAAGCGACAUUACAUGGGAAAAUAUUGUCGAAAAUCGUUGCAAUCAAAAUCCAUAUACUAAGAAUGAGACCGAAAUUUUCCCACUCUUUCAUUUUAUGCUUAUCUACAAUGAGAGACAAUCGUAUGAUGUGCCAUUUCAUUUGAUUCUCUUUAGCAAUCAUUGUGCUGCUGAUGGUCGUAGUGGAAUUAUCAUCAUAAAUGAUUUUUUGACGUUGGUUACGUCCUCAAAUCUACUGGAACGAGCAGAACCCAUCAAUACCGAAAUCUUACCAAUUAUUCAUCAAAUGAUUCCACGACCAUUUGCUUCUCUUUAUCCAUUGAUAUCAUUCAUUGCUCAAAAGCUCAUCCAACAUGAACUACGUCGAUUGAAUCGGCCACGUAUUCCGGUUAAGGCAAUUCCUAUAACUGAUAGUCAGAUAACACCAAUUCAAGCACAACGGUAUAAAAGCAAGUUUUUAUUUGCAUCAUCUUCGACUGAUCUUUGUAAAAAGUUACAUCAACAAUGUCGUUCGCAUGAGUUAACAAUCAAUAGUGCACUGUUUUCUUGCCUCCUCUUAGCUAUCCAUCGUUGUUUUCCGUCUAAAAACAACACUCGAUUGGAGCCAUUCGAAAUUAGCAACGCGUUUGAUAUGCGUACACGUUUGCCUGGAUCUCGACUAACAACUUCAUCAGUCGGUUUUUUCGUUGGUACCAACGAGCUGAAGCUGAACCGAUCAUUUUCAAUUCGAUCGACACGAUUUUGGACACUGGCACGUAAAACGAUGUCGAUAACUCAAAAUUCAUUAAAACGACAAGGUAUUCCGUUAACAAUGCACGUUCUAGUGGAUAUUUUCAAAGAUGAACGUGUUCUUGAUAAAGUAGCUCAAGUUGGAUCUGAAGGACGUAUAGGUGAAAUGGGUUAUUCCAAUCUUGGAAAAUAUCCUUUUCCAUGUGAUUAUCAAAGUGCUGUGAAAAUACGAGGUUUACAUCUGAUCAAUAACGGCAGCCGCUUUCGUCCUGGGACUUGCAUGUAUGCAACAUGUGUAGGUGAUGGUCAACUGGACUUUUCAAUGGCACAUGAAAUAUCGACCGAUGAAAAAGCUAAAGAGUUUUUCGACUACUACAUUCGCCUGGUUGAAACUUGUGCGGAUCAAAUCUGUUGUACAGAUGAAACUACUCUCGAACAGCUAUUGGCAAGAGUCGACUCCCAUUGA